UUUUUCUUCUCUCUCAAGUCGCCCUCACUCUCUUUCCUUCAUUCACUCACGCACACAGGCACACAUUCAAUAGUUGUGAAACCGUGGUGAAGAUUAGCCUACAAAAACAACAACAUAUUGAAAACAGGUAGAUACUUGGAAUUGAGUUGGCUGCGAGCGAAGUGGAUGUGAUUAUACGCACAGCGCAUUAUAGGCUAUACUUGAUCACAGGCCGGGGCCGGAAAGUCAUUGCUGACUCACAAAUAUAUCGUUAUUCAGUAUAGUAUCGCGGAAUGCAUGACUAUGGUCCGACUAUGGAUGAUAACUCUGUGCAGUACAAUGAAAAAGUUGUGUUUUAGAAGAGCCUUAUUAUUGUUCUCAAGUUAUUCGUGAAUGGCGUGGUGAAUAUAAAUACACCAUCUAUGCCUUGGGAGAAGACAUGCAGCAAGGUCUGAUAAUCACAGCAGUACUGGCAAGCCUACUUGUGUACACUUCAGGAUGGCUGGUGUGUCCUCAGCACUGUGUCUGUGCGGCCCAUGGCAAAGUCAACUGCAGCCGGCUGGCUCUGCACCAGAUGCCCACCUAUCUACCAGCUCAUAUAGAGGAGCUAAGUCUGUCAGAGAACCGACUGCAGCAGCUGCCCGACCAGUUGUACGUGCCUCAAAUGCUGCAACACCUGGACUUGUCACGCAACUUGCUGCAGACGUUGCCCGAGCAAGCGAUUGGCGACCUUUGGAUGCUGACACGCCUCGAUCUGUCCGAGAACAGAUUGCACAGAAUAGCUGACUUGGCACCCACUGUCCACAAACUCCGCCGUCUGGCUGCACUGCACUUACGUGCCAAUCCUCUGGGACGCAUUGAUGGUCGUUGUCAUCACAAUUCUGCAUCGGUUGUGACGAGCAGCGGCGUGGUGCUUCGCAGUGAGAGUCUGUCAGAGCUGAACGUGGCCGACUGCGGUCUGAGUCGCAUCGAGCGAUGUGCGUUCGUCGGCCUCACCAACCUUACGCGGCUGACGCUCGCCGACAACCCGCUCGAGCACUUCACCGGCCUCGUGUCGCCCUCUCUGCGACAACUCGACAUCUCCAACUGCCGCCUCACCCUGGUCGCUAGCGACGCCUUCUUGCACACACCUGCUUUGUUGUACAUGGAUAUUUCACGGAACCCGAGAGCUAAUCUGUUAGCAUCCUCGAAAAAUGGGAAUGACGCUCCAACCGUCAUCAAUUACAUGUCUACAUCCUUAGUACACCUCGAUGCAUCAGAUUGCGGUAUGGCUGAUAUUCCAGUGACGAUUUUCCCCAACUUGGAGCAAAUUUCUCUCAGAGCCAAUGUGAUGAGAGAACUGCCAUCCAGAAUAUUCCAUCGCGCCAGACAUCUGCUAGCCAUCGACCUGUCUAGAAACCUGCUAUCACAGAUUGAAGACUCCACUUUCCAGGGAGCUGAAUCACUGACCAUGCUCAAUCUUUCACAUAACUUCAUCAGCAGUAUUGACUCGGCCGCUCUCCUUCAAAUGAAUGACUUGUUGUACUUGGAUCUGAGUUACAAUCAUCUCAGACGAUUGACUAAUAUAAGUGCACCUGCCUUGACUAGACUUGUCCUUAAUCAUUGUUCGAUUGAGGAGCUCCCAAGUAAUCUACCUCAUACAUUACGGCUUGAUGUCUCCAGCAACCCCAUCUCUAUACUACCAGAUAGCCUGUUCUCUUUCCACAUACAGGAGUUGGACCUCAGUUACUGUCGGAUAUCAUCGAUAAAUGAAUCAACAUUUUAUGGGCUCUUGUCUUUGAAAAAACUGGAUCUACGUGGAAAUCGUCUCACCAUGCCCUUUGACAUGGGAGUUCUAGCAUCAUUAAAAUUGUUAAAUGCUUUAAGUGUAGCUGAUAAUCCCUGGCAAUGUGUUUGUGAUAAAACUGUUGUGGGAACAACAAAAAUAGAACAUUUCUUAAAAUUUAUUAUUGAACUCAGUUUGAAAACGGAUUUAGAUAAUAAUAAAUAUGUAAAUCGAAAUGAAAACGGAAAUUUUUUCAAUAAAGACAAAACGAUUGAAGAUAAUAAUCUGAAAUUUAUUAAUGGAAAUUUCAACACUUCCAAGUUGAUAGAAGUUGAAAGGGAUUUGAAGUGUCGUCCUUUCAAUUCUAAGGUGGAGAUAUUGUGGUCGCAAGCAUGUAGUCAAUCAUCAUCAACAACAGAGAAGCCUCGUCGAAGGAACCCUGAGCGACAGUGGAUGGCGUUCAUAGUGACAUUCGCAGUUGUCUCGUCGAUUCUCAUAGUUCUCCUUGUUUUGCGUCAAAACCUGGUUGAGGAGAGUCGUCUGAGAAGAAGAGCUCGAGAAGAGGCUACAAACAAUAAUGUGGAGGAGGCAAUGGUCGCCUCAGCUACUCUCAGUGAAGAUGCUCCUCUAACAGUGAGACCGGUGCGUUCGCCAAUCGCUGACAUACUUCAACUGCCCACCUAUGAGGAGGCCAUACUCCUACCAAAACCAAUACCUGACGAUUUCGGCGUUGAACCCAACCGCACAAGAGAGGCUGCCACUUGGAUAUCACAGGAAAAUAGUCUUGAUGACGACGAUGAUGAUCAAAACCCUAGCAAUGAGAAUCAUUGCCCGAACUUGAAUCAGCACACAGUAUCGACAACCUCUUUAUAAGGAAAUUAUCAUCACCAUACUAUCAUGUUCAAUAAUUUAUGUUAUCAGUGUUAUCAUAUCAGCGAAUCAGUGAUAUUUUUUUGAAACUUAAUCCAGCACACAGAAUCAACUCUCUAUAAGAAAAUGCCUAUUACCAUUAUGUUCAAUGAUAUUUAUAAUUAGGUAGUACAGUAUAUCAUAUCAGUGAGACGAUGAUAUUUCUCUCUUCUAAACGGAUAUUCAAGAUGACUGAAAAUGAGUUCUUAAAAAUCUGCCUUCCAAAAAAUUAUUAGUUUGAGAUGGGAAUAGCCUAUAAAUAAGUUCUUAAAGCAGGAUUGGUUGUUAAAUAAUUAUUAAGAUGAUAAAAUGAAUUUAUGCUUCAUUCUUGUAGAGGAGCCUUCCUGUUUAUUGCAUAUACAGCCUAAAAGUUAUGUUGUAAAUGGAUGGGAUGACACAAAAAUAGUUUAAUCAUUCAUCACGAUGAGAGUUGUUGUUUGAAUGAAUUAUGAAUUCAGCAUCUUGUUUAAUGCAAAAAUGUGAAGUAGCAAGAUGAUAAUAUACUAGUUCGUCGUAAUUAUUACAUUCAAAUGUAUUAAUGAAAUUAAACAUCAGUAGCCACAGUAGCCUACUUUAUUAAGUGACAGUUCAGUAAAGCGGCUUGCGCAGAAGUUUUUAUUAUGCUAGUCGAGCCAAAAUGAAUAGACCAUACUUUUAUUUACAUUUGACAUCUUGCAAAUCGUUGUAGCCUACAUUAUUAUUUCAUAUUAAACAUUAUACUAAGAAAUUAUGAUUAAGCAUUAAUACGUUCAAGCAUUUAUUUAUGCUCUACUGCAUUUUGUCAAUUUCAUUGUAAUUUUAUGUCAAAAUUGAAUUCGAGUCUAUUUCAGUAACACCUCAACAAACUGUAGAGAGUCCAGAUUGAGAGAAAUCCUGAUAAAUGUGGAUAGCUUUAAUUUGAAAAUACUGUAGGAGGAAUAAUUGAUUUUGGAAAUCGCAGCAUCUAUUCAGUGUGAUCAUGAAAAUAAUUACGGUAAUCUUUGUUUGUCGUGAAUCAUAAUACUGAUACAAUAGUAUAUUUGUUAUUUGAUAUAACCAGAAUGAACCAGUUGAACCAAGAAAGAUAGGCCUACCCGGAAUUGUUGUUUUAAUAGAUUGUGAUUUAAUGGAGGAUCUUCUGUUUAAAAUUAGUAACGUCUUCUAUUUUUCCUGAACUAGCCUAAUAUUAAAGAUUACCUUGUUCAAUUAGACGAUUUUGUAAUUGAUCAGAUUGCAUGAAAUUUAUCAAUAUCCGCUUGUAAUGAGAGAGUUUCUGGUACAGUAAUAAGAUAUAUUAUGUGAUCUAUUGUAGACUGAUGAUAAUAGUAUGUGGACCAGUCAAUAUUUCUAUCAUAUUGAGAGAGUAUUUGAAUAUUUCAACCUUUGUGACUGUACGGUAACGAUAAUGAUUUCUUGUGAUAUUUUAGGAAAAUAAAAUAAAUAAUUAGUUGAUUUGA